CCAAACGAUUUGUUGACUUCCAGAGCUGCUGCAAGUCCUCGGAGGCCUGUCGGGGUGGUGCGUAGACCAACGCCGCCACCUGUUGCCCAACCCCAGCAGCCAGGCCUAUUUAAACAGAUGGCCGCUACUGCUGCCGGUGUAGCUGUCGGUUCUGCGGUGGGUCAUGCUGUCGGAAGUGCCAUUACUGGUGGAGGCUCGCAACCCGACACCGUUCUUGCGCAAGAACCCGCCCCUGCCACUCCCGUACCAGCAAACCCCUGUCAAUAUCACAUUGACGAACUAAUAAGAUGUUCGCAAACCCAUACCGAUCUUUCACAAUGCCAGUAUGUUUCGGAUGCUCUGAGACAGUGUCGACAGAUGUACAACAUUAACUGA